GGGAACAAUGUUGUAAGGUUCUGCUCUUAGGCAUUUGAGGUAUGAAUCAUAUUUCUCACAAGUAAUGAUGAACAGGCAACAGUUGUCACAUUUCUUGCGAUAUUUUCUUCUUUGAAAUACUCAGCCCAAGCCUACACAAUCCUCACAAAAGCAUCGUCCAUUGCAUCAAAGUUGGUGAAGACAAAAGGCGGAAUGUGCUCGGGGCGGUGUGUCCGCAAGACAGCAGAGGGGCUGAGUUAAACUCACACUGGACACUCCUACCGACAGCAAUUUACAGCUCUGAUACACGCUUAAAUCCUACAUUUACAACGGAAACAGCCAACGUAUUAAUGAAACUAAUCUAUCUGCAAUACUGAUAGAUCUUUUCUCAGACAGAUGCUGAGUAUUUGGACCCUCCUUGCAACUGCUGUUUGUGCAGUGUCAGUCUCUGCAAUAUCUCAGAGGCUUGUAAUCCACGGCCAUCAGUUUACUCUGGAUCUUCCUGAGAGGACAAAGAGGUUGGAGUUUGUUAGUGCUGAUGAGCAUGAAGAACCUACUAUCUGGGAACACAAAAGCUUUUCUUUCCGGCCAAGUAAACCCAGUAAAGGUGAAGUGAGCAGCGCCACAAAGGGCUGGACGUUCAGAAUCAGACAUGUUACGUUUGACGAUCAGGGAAGCUACACCCUGUACAAUCACUUUGGUUCAACUAUCUCCAGUUAUAUAGUGAAGGUCCAGACCAGAAGAAGAGUCAUUGAUCGUAUCGCAGGUGAAACUCUGAGCAUAUCUCUGGCAGGACUCAAGCAGAGUGAUGCCACACUUCACUUUUACAGGAAUUAUUCAUCUGUCACUCUGGUGGAGAAUGGAGUUCCUGUGGGACGGAACCACCCAGACUACAUCAACCGGCUUAAAGUGAACCGCGAAACCAUUCAGAUUCUCCAUGUAAAUGUAUCAGAUUUAGGCAGAUACGAGCUCACCGAUUUCAAAAGAAGACUCGUCUCAAACAAUACAAUGAUACUAGUUGAUAAACAUGACUUUGCGCCUAAUAAAGGUCUCCUAGCUCUGCUGCUGCUUGGGAUUCCUGGAGGAAUCUGCUUCUGCUGCAGAAAGAGAAUCUGCAAAAGCUGCCGGACAUCUAAAUCACACACACAAACAGAGCAGUCCAACACCGAACCAGUGUCUACACCUUGCAGCAACACUGUGACUGCUCCUGUUGGUCCUGUAGACCCUGGCCAGGGCUACUUCGCUGGUUAUCCGCCUCAUCCAGAUCAAGGUCAGAUUCAUUAUCCUUAUCCACCAGAGUCGAGUGGACAACCUGCUGUUCCUCCUAACCCUGGCUUUUAUCCUGUGUAUGUGCCUCAAAACCCUGUCUAUCCUCCUGACUUUGGACCUGGACUUCCCCCUGCUCAGCCGCCCCAGUGGAAUGCCCCUCCACCCCAGUAUAACCCUUCUGCACCUGUGAACUAUACGCCAGUAAUGAACAGAGCUCCUCCUGGGCCUGAACCCACAGGGAUGAAUAUGAAUGAAUUGCCGCCAACUGCCCCACUGCUCACACCUCAGCCUGCGUCGCAGCCAGCUGUUAUGAGCAGCAUUUCCACGGAUGUCCUUAACUCCAGUGACUCUGGUGUCCAGUUUGACAUAAACAAAGGAAAGUCUUCUGGCAGCAACUUCCUGUAGUUGCUCCAAAAUCCUGAAUUAUCACUUCAAGGGAUAUAGAAACAAACACUUAGCUGUUCAUUAGAUUCAUACAAAAUCCAAGCCUUAAAAAGAAGAAUAAUAAUUUUGGCCUGAGAACUAAUAGGACCUUAAUUAAAACUACUACUUCAAUAGUUUAUGAUGAGACAUGUUCUUUCAGGACUCAAUCUAGGUUAAGUGCAAUAGAAGCAUAUUACAAUUUCUUUUUUAUAUGAAAUAUAUUACGUACUGUACCUCAAAUCCCUGUUAACACUCUUUUCCAAUGAAAAAAAAAAAAAAGUGUCUUUUUUUCUUACUUCUUAAUGUCACUCUCUUUCUGCUCUUUAGUAGCAGUAGAAAAUGCUGUUGAAUCAUACCAAUGAAAAAAAAAUCUUACCUCCAUAUUUUCACCAAAAUGUUUUCAUAUUAAAGGACACCUAUUAUGCAAAAUCCACUUUUACAUGGUGUUUGGACAUAAAUGUGUGUUGGCAGUGUGUGAACCACCCUAUUAUGAUAAAAAAUUCACCCGCUCCUUAUUUUUUUAAUCCCCAUUAAACCAAAUCAGUCUCACUAGGCCUGCACUUUUGAUUCUCUAAGCCAUAUGACAUCACAUUGCUUUGACCCCGCCCACGGCAGCUGACUGACAGCCUUGCAUAGUUUUUUUUAGCGGUUGUACGCUGUCCUCCAUUUUUUCCGUGUUUGAGCAGCUGUAACGUCAACAAUGUCUCGUAAAGCAAUCCUGGAGUUUUGUGUUUGGAUGUAAGACUGAACAUAAGAGCCUUCAUUUUCUCCCAACAUCUGAGCUGCUGAGGACGCAGUGGAUUACUUCUAUUUUUGAAAAUCUAGCUAAAUACGUUUGUUUGCACAGGUCAUUUCUCUCCAGACUGCUUUGAGAAUGUCAUGUCCUUAUAGUGCUUAGCGUUUUAACCAUAUUUGUGUGCGUACGUUAUAGAAGUAUUUUAAUUGAUCAGCGCUGCGCUCCAGAUGUAUAUGUUACGCCCUCUUCUGAAGACGGGGUGGGAAUAUGCAGCUCAUUUGCAUUUAAAGUGAUGCACACCAAAACAGCUAUUUUGUAGUUACGCCCCAAAAAUGACAUUUUCCAGAUGUUUUAAUAAAUGAUCUGUGGGGUAUUUUGAGCUGAAAUGUCACAUUCUGGGGACACCCAAGACGAAUAUUACAUCUUGUAAAUAUGGGCAUAAUAGGUGCCCUUUUAAAGUCACAUGAUAUUUGGACAAAGGAAUAAGGAUUCACCCUCUGAAUGGGCUUUCAGCAACGCCCAUUGUUGACAGACGUGUAUAUUGAAGUAAAAACGCCAAUCAAUAUCCGUAAACAUACACUAGUUAUGGGCUUUCUUGAAGUUCUGUUUUAAGGUGACGCUGAGCCACCAUUUUCACUUUAUCUAAUACUUCCGUCAGUCAGGUUAAAUGUGGCUAUAUUCUAUACUUUUGUGUAGAACUACACGUAAUAAGCCAUUAUUUUAUUAUUGUACAUUGUGUUGUGUACAGUAGAUGUCCAUAUACUAUUGACAGUAGUGUAUUUACUUUUUUGUCAAUUUGUAUGUAUAUGCAGUCUCCAGAGAGGUGUAGAGUUGUGCAACAACAAAAACCUGUAACCUGACAAAACUAAAAUAUACAAUGUUAUUUUUAUUUACCUGCUUAAACAGCAUCAUGUAAAGCCCAGGAAUCUGACACGUGUGAAAACAUUACAGGAUUUAUGGCUAAUAUAGUUAAAUACAUAUAAUGCAUGUUACUAUUAAUGCAUGUAAGUGAAUUUAAAUGUAUUAACAGUGUUUCAGGGAAUUUUCUCAACUAUCAUGCCAGUAGCUGCAUUUCUUUAGGGCAUUUUCAUAGUGCUGUUAGUUAGCUGCAAUAAAACAAAUGCUGCAAACAAAACAUUUAUACUUGAAUCUUGAUCAUAUGUGUAAAAUAUUAGUGACAUUUUAUAUUAUGAUUCAUGUUGUAGUUGAACAUAGAUGCCUUAUUUUAACUGCCCUUCAUAUCUCAAUGGAUAUCGAGACAAUAAAAAGGCCUACCAUUGUUCUUUAAUAAGAUAAAAUACUGCUACCAAUUUCUGCACCAGAAUUGCAUUUACUGUUCAUAUUUUAUAUUCUCAUGUUUUUUUUUAAAUUAUUUUGUCUGAUAUAUAGUGCUAACUGGCAACUUCAUUUCCCUUGUAACAUAUUGCACUAUGAACAGAUUAAAUGUAAUUUGUUGUUACACUUUGAACUAUAAUUAGAAGAA